UCUCGUUGACUCGUUGACCAAUUUCUAGGGUUUUUAUACACGCCGUGAAUAGGGACAAUCGUGCUCUGCACUUUUUAACCAGUUCGUCGAUGCGAUUUGAGAUCGAACCGAAGUAAUCUCGCAGGGGGGAGGACGAAGCUUCAGGUCGAAGCUGCACAAUGAGGAGGUACAGUCCGCCAUACUACAGUCCUCCGAGACGAGGAUAUGGGGGUCGAGAGAGGAGUCCUCCUCGGAGGGGUUAUGGUGGUGGUGGUGGUGGGGCUGGUGGCUAUGGGAGGCACAAAGAACGGUCGCAUGGGAGCCUUUUGGUUCGCAAUAUUCCUCUUGACUGCAGGGCGGAAGAACUCCGGAUUCCCUUUGAGAGAUUUGGACUUGUUAGGGAUAUUUAUCUGCCGCGGGACUACUAUACAGGGCAACCUCGAGGAUUCGCUUUUGUGGAGUUUGUGGACCCUUAUGAUGCUGCUGAUGCUCAAUACCAUAUGGAUGGAAACAAUUUUGCGGGGCGGAAAAUAUCUGUGGUUGUUGCUGCUGAGAGUAGGAAGAGGCCAGAGGACAUGCGUCGAAGAACUAGAAGGGAACCUUCAGGCUACGGUGGAAGAUCUUACCAUGGACGUUCUCGUUCACGUUCGCGAUCUCCUCGUCGCCCAUCAGCUUCUAGGAGUCGGCAUCGCUCCAGGUCAUACUCUCCUGUGCCAAGAAAACGUGGGGAUCAUUCUGUAUCACCUAUUAGAAGGCAUGCUGAUGACCGCUCAAGAUCGCCGCGAGCCCCUUCACAAGAGCGCGACGGAGGACGGAAUGGCAGGUCAUACUCUCCCGAUUAUGACAAUGGAAACCUUAAGGAAAAUGAAAAUGGAAAAUCCAGGUACGAGUCGGGGGAAGCACAUGAUCGUAGGAGUUCAUCUCCAGCUGCUGAUGCAUCAAGAUCACCUUCUGGGUCGAGAUCAAGGUCUCCGGACCCAUCACCCAGCAGAUGAGGAAAUAUGAGAUGUUCCAGCAGAAGUUGCAGCAGAAGAUGUGUUGUAUCUUUGUCUAAACAGUUCCAUCUUGUUUUGUGUCUUCAAACGAAAGAGAAUGUUAUUGUUUGAAUUGAUAGGGGACGCUCCUCGACUCUGUUAGUGUAGUUUCUCAAUAUGUCUGAGUGCUGAAUGUGAGGACUCUUUUCCUUUGCUUGCUGUUGGGUUUUGGAUCUAUCUGAAUGGUAUUCAUCCUUUUGAUUAA